GCAUUCAUUCGUCUGCUCGUUCGUCGAACUUGUGCCGUUUGCCGUUUUCGUUUUUUGCUUUCGCAGUCGUCGUCAUUAUUAGUUCUAAAACUGUGAAAAAUUCCAAGUGACUGAUGUAAAAGUGAAAAAAUAUGGCGAGUAUUGUGGGCGAACAGCAAAUUUCAUCAAAUAAUCAAGAAGCUGAACCGGUUCAGAAAAUCGAGAGUCGCGAAGGCAGUGUCGAACGGAAAGUGUGUAAAGACCGUGACGAGAAGCUAAAGUUGGCACGGGAGCGUCAAAAUGAGGAAAGACAAAGGAAAAUCGAAGAGCUAAAAGCGCAAGCGGAAGCCGCGCAACGAUAUCGCGAACAAAAGGAAGAGGAACGUCGCCGCCGCAUAGAGGAGAUAAGACAACGCGACACGGAGAAGAGACAUCAAGUCGAAGAACGUAAACGCGCUAUAUCUGAGGCGGAAAAGGAGCGUCGCGAAUAUAUAUUGCGGAAGAAUCAGGAACGCGAAUCCCGCUUGGAAAUAAAGAAAGGACCCCGCAGUACAGUGGCCUUUGCCUUUGGCUCAUCUACACCACGCCUACUAGAGCCCGAUUUUGGACUGGUAUCGCCAAGCACUUAUUUGGGCCACCGACGAUCGACGUCGAUCACUAAUGUUACUGGUGCUUCAUUAUCACGUCGUAGUUCCGAACGUGAACUGACCGACAGUGGUGCCAAGAAGCGUGCAACAUCGGCCGGUGGCACAGAUCGGCAUGAAGAUCAUCGCCGUAAGUCAUCAUCAAUGUAUGAAGUUUUCAAUUGGGGAUAUUCGAACGAUGAACCACCCAAGCGUUUUUCGCUAUCCAUUGUUGGCAGUGAAAUCAAUAUUGAUGAUCCCCCAACAGCAGCAACUGCAGGCAAUUCGCGCACUUCUGCCCAUCAUCACCCACAGCGUCAGCAUCAGUAUAGCAAUAAUGCGAACGUGCACAGACAAAAUGUUGCAAUAGAGACCGCAAAAACAGCCACAGCAGCAGCAACUACUACAGCAGCUGGCAAUACCAGUCAAGCAGCAGCAGUAUCGGCAUUUAAUUAUUCUAGUAAGACGGACGAUAGUGUCGAUAGUCAUGCAACACAAAUCGUGUUUCGAAGUGUAGCCCGCAGAAAAACCGAUUUGAUGCCGACAAUACCCAGCCCCAGGGACGGGCAUUACGGUUCCAGAUCGUCACUGAGCCACACGCCACGCACCCCAGGACGUGCCUUCUCCAUGAGUCGCCUAGAUCAAUUGGCUCAACCAAUUCGUCGCAAUGGUGAACACAUACGCGCAAUACUCGAACGAGAACGUCGCGAACAGAUGGAACUCUUGGACGAAACAGAAUCGUUGGGUGGCGGACGGCGUCGCGGCAGUAAACCACGACAUGGCAGCGGCAGCAGCAGUGCCGGCGCUGGCGGCGGUAGUAGCGCCAUGUCUCGCAGCAUGACACAUCUCGCCGGUGGGCGCACCAAAUACUCACUCAGCAGUGCAGGUGGCAGCGUCGGUGGCGGUGGAAUGUCCAGCAGCUUUCGUCCGUUGAACGGUGGACAACGCGACACGACCUGUUCACGUUCUGGAAAUGUCACCCCAGGCGGCAACAUCAGCACUUCAAGGCCGGGUAGUGCAAUGUCCACAUCCACAAAUAUGUCUACAUCUGGUUACGUGGCUAGAAGAUCGGUACCGGCCACACGUAAGCAACGGCCAGCUAGCAUUGCCGGUACUGGCAUGUCGCUGGAGGACCUUAAUAAACACAAAAAAGAUAAUAGGCCGCCAGUGAAGGCUUCAACACCUUCAUCUACGACAGCAUCAGCACAAAAUACCCCCAAACGAACAUCAAAUAUGAUGUCGACCUCAAUGAUUGUGUCAUCUUCUUCCCGUUUGUCCAGUGCAGAGAAGAAACAGCCCUCAGCUAAGCGGGAACCAGUAACACCCAAAAACACCACACCCAAAUCGCUUUCAAAAACUUCUAGCUCGGAUCGCUUGAAUAGAGCCAGUAAGGACGGAAUGAGUAAAUCAUUAAUCUCACCUUCUCCAAGCCAGACAAUUACAAAGAGUGAAAAAGACAAAGUGACAGCAACUGUACAAAAGAAAGAGGAAACCAUUGUUGUUCCAGUCCAGAGCAAAGAAGAAAAGAAUUCUUUGAACAUCGCGAAAUCCGAAGCUGAGUUUACAGCUGAUUCCCUUGUUGAAUCAAAUGAGCCGCCAGUAGUAGCAGCACCAGCUCCAGCUGACAGUGUAGGCUCAGUAACUCUACCGCCUACAGUUGAAAAUGUCGGUGCAAUAACCGAAACGGUUUUGCCGGUGGUGGUCGUAAAUGAAUCAAAUAUACAGUCACCACCCGCAGCUCCAGAACCAAUCGAACCCAGACAAACAGAGAAGCAACCGGCACCGCCACAGCCUCAGCCACAUCCACGUUCACAAAAUGGCAGCAAAGAAAAUUCAGAAGUCCGUGAACUUACUCCUCCAUCUCAGAAUGGCGAUAGUAAUGAUUUGAUGACUGCUUCGAUGAUUGCUAGAAGUAAGAUCACAACUGAAGAAGAGGCGAAAGCAGCUUUGGCUGAAAGACGUCGUCUUGCGCGCGAGGAGGCUGAGCGACAAGCCGAGUUGGAGCGUCAACGCUUGGAGGCCGAACGACUUGCCGAACUAAAACGUCAAGAGGAGGAAGCUGAACGUCAACGCGCAUUCGAAGAGGAAGCGAAUCGCUUAGCUAUGGAACAACGUCGAGCAGAGGAAGAGCGGUUGCGCCAAGCUAUUGAAGAGGCAAAGCAAAAAGAAGAAGAAGAUCGCCGCAAGCGAGAAGAGGAAGAGAAACAGCGCGUGCAACGAGAGGAGGCCGAAAGAAAGGCCAAGGAAGAAGCAGAAAAACAACGAUUUGAGGUUGCCGAACGUCUUAAACGAGAGGAAAAGGAGCGCGAAGAACGACGCAAACGCGUUGAAGCGAUCAUGUCGCGUACACGUAAAGGGACUAGCGGUGGUGGUGGCAGCGCGACAACACCCAAUUCCACACCAGUAAAGGAAAACAACACGCCCAAAUCGACAGCUGACAACUUGCAACCGCAACAACUAGAUGAAUCCUUUACAACAACUACAGUUACCAAUGCUGUUAGCAGCACUGAUAGUAGCUCAACGUCGGGUUCCACUACGACUGCGACCACUCCGAAUCCGCCACCACAAAGCAUUACUGCACCAGUAACUGCAGUGCCCACAAACGCACCGAGAGCAGAAAAAAUGGAGCCACAAAAUACGCAGGCCAUGUACGAGCAAGCUGUUAUUGAUAAGGAAACUGAGCUGAUAAACAGUUUCUCCAAUAUGAUAAUCGAUGAGAAUGUAAAAAAUCUUCAACAACAACAUUUAAAACAACCGACACAAAUUAUCGAGGUGAGCAACGGAAAAUUGCCGAUUAACAGUGAUGCGCUUUUACAGAAUACCACAACAACAACUACUACAAUAAAUGUAAAUGCCGUCGCAAACGGCAACGGCCAUCACAUCGAAAAUUUGAACAAUGAAAAUGAUAUCAAUAACCUGCAGGAUGCCGUAACACCAGCAACAAAUCAAUUAAUUGAUUUGAGCAUUGAGUCACAAGACAUUAACAAUGCAAUAAACUUCAACAACAACAACAGCUUGUUAAACACAACAACAACAGCAACACUAGUCACUGCAGAUAGUCACGAAAAUAAAGAUAUUUCCCUACUGUGAGUCUGAGCGUGCUAGCAGCCUGCAAAUAUACGGACGCGCAAACUAACUAACUGCAACAAAGAAAAAUGCAGUAGAAUUAUGACAAUUUGAAAAAAUGUAUUGAUUGUAGCGCGUUGGCGUUUUGAAGAUGUUUUGUGUGUAUGCGACAUUUUAUGGUUACUUGACAUUUAAGGCGUAAUUAAUACGAGUUUAACUAAUUUAAAAUAAUAUACUUAGAAGCAAAGGAAACGCUAAAGCAAAGUGCAUAUUAAGUAAAAUAUUAGCUAAACACUGCUUAGCUCAUUUGAAACAUUAAAAAUAUUAAGCAAAGUAUAUAAAACCUUUGAAUUAGGAUCUAAUGAACAAAUGAGGAAAGGGAAAAAGCAUAAAACUACGGCAAAUGUUCCUCCCGAAUCGAAAAAAAAUUAAAAAUUAGUUAGACAGUGAAAAAAAAGAGAAAGGUACAUAAAAUUGCUUGGAGUUCACAUUGCGUAUGCAAAUCUUUAAUGUAUGUAUGUGCGAUAUACUAAAUUGUAAAGCGUAACGAGACAAAGACGUGAAGAAAAUCGACUAUAUAGACCUGGAAAGAGAAAUAUUUGUCAACAUUUUUUUAAAGCUUCAAUGAAAAAAAGGAAAACUAUUGAAUUUAUUUAUGAAAUGCAAGAAUAUUAUGAAUAUUUAAUCAAAAAGCAGUCACCUAAAAUGGCUAAAUGAAAAAACACAUAUAGAACAUAAAAUGUUUCAAGAAAAGAAAAAUUCCAUGUGGCGCUAAGUUUUGUGCUGUGAGCUAAUAACUUUCUCUAUACAGUCCAUAUUAACAACAUGCACACAUACAUGCAAUGCAGUGGAAUAUAUUAAGCAAGUGCAGCUACAUUUGCGGUUAAUUAAAAUGAACUAAGAGAGACAGAUGUACAUAUGUAUUUGUUAGAGCGAACAAAAAAAAUUUAAGACGCAUAUAAUUUAGGGACACCUAAUAUAUUUUUCAAAUAUAUUACCAAAUGAAUUCAUGCCAAUCAUGUGUGUGCACCUGCCGUUCCAUAUAAAUUUAUCACUGUGUAUAGCACAAAGAUCGUACGAACGUAAAUAGUGUAUGGGAUUCUGUAUUUUGCUUUUAGUAUGAAAGGUGAAUUAUGUGCGAAGCACAAAGUUUAUGCAAGUACUGCUCGCAUAUAAUACGAUUCCUCUGAUAUUUUUCUUCUCAUUACUUGCUUAAUGCAAACACACAUUUAUACUUAGACGCUUUGAGCAGAUUAUGGAUUCGCCUUUUCCGUCUUACAUAGUACUUUAUAUACAUAGAUAGAUAUGUUUCAAAUGUACUGAUAUGUUGCAAGGAUAUGCGUAUACCGCAAACUAAUUUGUGCUAUCCAUUGAAAAAUACAAUAAUUUGCACAUACAUAUGUAUGCAUAUUUAUAAUGAAAUUUGUUUUUUAGGACAUAUUGAAGGUACUAAGUCUCUCAACUUAUCUUACAACACUUGUAGGGAGUAGGAAGCCAUCACUAAGCCGUCUAAUACUUUUGAAGAUUACUUUUAAGCUAUCUACUGUUUGUAAAACUUUUAUAAAUUAAACGUUCUUAUCUUUCCACUAAGUUUUGGACUUCAGCUAUUUUUUAUUGCUACUUCCCUCUUUUUCAUCAUCAUAUUAACGGUAAUUCAAAAACUUCAUUUUCAAAAAGGCUAAGCGCAUUCAACGCGCGUAUCAAAGAAUGGUAUUAAAUUUUAAUUGAAAUUAGCAAUCGGGUGAACCCUAUUAUACGAUCAUAUCUAUUAUGUAUGGUAAAAAGUAGUAGUUUUAUUAAUGUUAGAGUGGGUCUGCUGAUUUUUUUUACCGCAGGCAGCAUAGACGCACGCGGGCAAUAUGUGGUAGUUAAAUUAAAAGUCGGUUCGGGCAGCCAUUUAAUCAUGCAAAAGAUGGUUUGUUGCUAUUGAAAGUUGAAAGCAAAAAAUAAAGUGGUGGCCGCGCUUUGAAACGUUUAAAUUAAAUAAAAGCAAAUCAUAAUAGAGUAGUAUGUCAGCAAUUUUGUGUGCGAGUUUAUAGGUUACUUAUAUAUAUUUAUGUGUAGUUAAUGUAUUUUCCGUUUUUUGAUGCAUAUUUUUUUUAACUUUUAUGUUAUCUAAAUUUACAUUUAUAUAUACCUAUUUGCAAAGCUUAUUCUUAAAAAAUUAGAUGAAAAAAUCCAAACAUAAUGUUUCAAUUUGUUAAUAUAACUUAUUUAUAUACACAUUGUAAUAGCUGAUACAUAAUUAAAAUAUAAUUUUUUUCUAUAAUUCGUA